AUGUCCACUUCAACCAAUGAAACGCUUGAUACCAAUGAGGCUCUCAAACAAAUUUUGGAUACGGUGAAUGAACUUAAAUCCACCCAAAACAAAAUCAUUGCAUCUAUCAAUUCAUGCCGGGAAUCUAACAAAACACAGGAAAAAACUGAAGUUAUUUCUGAAAAUAAAACCUUGAAAGCUAAAAUUGAGCCGAUCGAAGGCAAAAUAACAACUUUAGAAACUGCGGCUUCUCCUGGAACUAACGUUGAAUCAGUUUACUCUGAACUUAUGGACCGUCAAUCUCGAUUAACUGACACUCUUACUGUUGAUGAAAUACUCAAAAGCAUUGAUUUACAAAUUAAUCCUGUAUCUGUCCGUCGCUUGGGUAAACAAUCAAAUAAACCUCGUCCUCUGCUUACUACUUUACCUAAUUCAUCCGAUGUUUUUGAAGUCUUAAAAGUAAAACGUAAAUUACUUAGUACUGCUAACUUCAAGGAUAUUCGCAUUGCAUCUGAUCGGACAACACAGCAACGGCAAUAUUUUACUAACAUUGUAUCUCAACUUAAGCAACGUAGUGAUACCGCACUUCUUAAUUAUGAUUUAAUUAUAUUAACUGAAACCUGGUUAUCUCGUUCUGUUAAUGACUCUGAACUUGGACUUUGUCCUCAUUACACCGUUUUCCGAUGUGAUCGUUACGAAAUUCAUGGUCCCGACAUUCGAGGAGGAGGUGUCUUAAUUGCAAUCAAAGUUCAAUAUCCAUGUCAUCGCUUAAUUAUACAACAAGAUUUGGUCGAGCAACUAUUUGUAAAAAUACAUAUAAAUCACAUUUCUUUAAUCGUCGGAUCCGUGUACUUCCCGCCGCGCUCUGAUUUAAAUUUAUAUAAUAGCCAUGUUAAUGUAAUCGAUAAUCUUAUGAGUAAAUAUUAUAAUGAUAGAUUUUUGGUGUUAGGUGAUUACAAUUUAACUAAUGUUAAUUGGGUCUCUAAUAACCGCAAAAUUAUUCCUAGAUUGUCAAAUAAUAAUUUGUAUGAAUCAAACAUUAUAUCUGCCUUAUCUUAUGUUAAUUUAAUGCAAAAUAAUUUAAUACAUAAUUCUUCUGGAUCAUUACUAGAUCUAGUUUUCUCAAAUAUUGUCAAUGUUAAUGUUUCCUUGGAAACUUCUCCUCUUGUCCCUCUAGACUAUAAAUUUCAUCCUGCAUUAAAAAUUCCACUUCCACUUUCAUCCACAAAAAACAAUUUAUAUUAUAAUGAAAUUGUUCAUGAUUUUAUUAGUUGUGAUUAUAAUGCCAUUAGGUCUUGUAUGGCCUCAACUGAUUGGAGUUGCACAUUUAAAGAUUUACAUAUUAAUGAAGCACUUGAUAUAUUCUACUCCAGAUUACACGAUAUAAUUGAUGUACACUGUCAAAAAAAACGUAUGUUCUUCUUAAAGUAUCCUUUAUGGUUUUCCAAAACUCUAAAACAGUUAAUAUUCUCAAAAAAAGUUGCCCAUAAAGUAUAUAAACAAACGCCAACUAAUGUAAAUUAUAAUAUAUUCUCUAAUCUACGUGCUAAAUGUAAAGUUGUUAAUAAGACUGAUUAUGGUAAUUUUAUACAGAGAACUCAAAGUUCAAUAGUCUCUAACCCUAAAAGGUUCUGGAAUUAUAUUUAUAGCAAACGAUCAAAUUCUAAUAUUCCAUCUGUUAUCUCAUAUAGUAAUCAAACUGUUACUGGUGGUGACAAAAUCGCGGAAAGUUUCGCCAAUUAUUAUUCUACUAUUUACAAACAAUUAAAUUUUAUGCAAAAACCACCAGAUGAUAUUAAAUCGAUGAAAGUCGAUUUGAACACCUGCGUCAUUACUUUAAGCGAUAUUUAUGAUGAGUUAAGCAACUUAAAAUCCACUACUUGUCCUGGUCCUGAUAAUAUUCCGUAUGCUUUCUUCACAAACUAUAGUAAUAAAGAAUUCAUUAGUUUUGCUGAUGAUACAGCUAUUCUAAUAUCCGAACCAACAAUCGAAAAUUUGUAUCAUGAAGCAAAUAAUAUUUUAAAUGAAAUCAUAGACUUAGAUGGGAUGGUCAUGUAA